GCGGGUUAGCUGAGAUAAGCUCUAUAACAGAGAUGUGAGUGGAAGGAAAGCCAUUGCAAGCUAGAAUUCUCUUUCCAAGCAUGAGAAAAUCUCAUUCCAAUCCAAUCCUUCUUCUUCUCUACCUUCUCAUCUCAUUCCACUCUCCUUAUGCAUCUCAAACACCCCAAUAUAACUCUUUAAAGAAAGGAUCCUCUCUCUCAGUAGAAGAUGAAUCAGACCUCCUAAUCUCCCCAGACAAAUCAUUCACAUGUGGAUUCUACAAGGUCGGCACAAAUGCCUACUCUUUCUCAAUCUGGUUUUCCAAUUCCGCGAACAAAACCAUCGUUUGGACAGCAAACUGGGGUCGACCCGUUAACGGCCGUGGAUCGAGAUUCUCAGUGCAUUUGGAUGGAAACAUGGUCCUGACCGACAUUGACGAUUCUACCGUUUGGAAUGCAAAUACCACCUCCAACGACGUUGAUAGAGCUGAGCUUUUGAACAGCGGAAAUCUCGUGUUGAAAGAUCCAAAUGGGAGGAUUUUAUGGCAGAGCUUCGACUCUGCCACUAACACUCUUCUGCCUUCACAAAUGCUUACCAAAGGCAAGAGACUCAUCUCUGAAAGAGGGAAAGGAGACCUUUCUAUGGGUUAUUUCAAUCUCUUUUUCGACAGCGAUAAUGUUCUGAGAUUGAUGUAUGAUGGGCCUGACAUUUCUAGAGUCUAUUGGCCUGAUCCUGGUCGUGAUGCAUGGGGCAAUGGUCGAUCAACCUUCAACAGUAGUAGAUUGGCGGUUCUUGACGAAAUUGGCCAGUUUUCAUCAAGCGAUCAGCUGAAACUUGAUGCUUCCGAUCUGGGUGUCGGGAUUAGAAGGAGAUUGACAUUGGAUUAUGAUGGUAAUCUCAGACUCUAUAGCUUGAAUGAGUCGACCGGGUUGUGGCUGAUUUCGUGGGUGGCUCUUCCACAGCAGUGUGAUAUACAUGGCCUGUGUGGCAGAUAUGGUGUUUGUGUUUAUACACCGAUGCCGAAAUGCACGUGCCUGCCAGGAUAUGAAAUAAGCGAUCCGGGAGAUUGGAGCAAAGGUUGCAAGCCCAAAUUCAGCAAAAUCUGCAAUACCCAAAUGGUGAAAUUUGUAGAGCUUCCACAAACAGACUUCUUUGGGUUCGAUCAUACUUACAGUGAAGGAAUAUCGCUAGAAUCUUGCAUGAAGAUUUGCUUAGACGAUUGCUCUUGUGAGGCUUUCCAGUAUAGAUUAGAUGGCGAUGGAGAUUGCUGGGCCAAAAGCGCACUCUUCAAUGGACGUACUUCUCCGAAUCUCAUAGGCACCAUAUAUCUAAAAGUACCAAAAAGUCUAGAAACUGAAAAUUCCUCACAAUUCAAAGGAUUGGAGCUUGUUUGUGGUUCGAAUGAAGCUGAAAUUGUAAUGGGAUCCUCUAGUAUUUAUAAGGAGAGCACAGGCACUGAAUAUCGUCAUUUCAUCUGGUUUGCUGUGUCUGUAGGUGGCAUUGAGAUUCUCUUUGUUGCAGCUGGUUGGUGGUAUCUUUUCAAGGAUCAUGGGAUGCGGACGCUGGUGGAUGAAGGAUACCGAAUGAUUUCAAAUCAGUUCAGGAGAUUUACAUAUACGGAAUUGAAGCAGGCGACCCACCAAUUCAAAGACGAGCUUGGCAGAGGAGGCUCUGUCUCUGUUUACAAAGGAGUUUUAGCUGAUAAGCGUGCAGUGGCGGUGAAGAAACUGCGAGAUGUAUUUCAAUGCGAAGAGGAGUUUUGGGCUGAGGUUAGCACGAUCGGACGAAUCAACCACAUGAAUCUGGUGAGAAUGUGGGGAUACUGUUCGGAGAAUGCACACAGGCUCUUGGUCUCUGAGUAUGUGGAGAACGGAUCACUGGACAAGUACUUGUUCUCUGAUGGAAGUAGCAAGGGGCCUGCUAGAUUACUUGGAUGGAACGAACGGUUCAAGAUCGCGGUAGGGACGGCGAAGGGUCUGGCCUAUCUUCACCACCAGUGUCUUGAGUGGGUUAUCCACUGUGAUGUGAAGCCUGAAAACAUACUAUUGGGAAGAGAUUUCGAGCCCAAGAUUGCGGAUUUUGGAUUGGCGAAGCUGUCUGAAAGAGGGAGACUGGGUUCUAAUUUCUCUCACGUCAGAGGAACAAAGGGCUACAUGGCACCUGAGUGGACUUUGAAUCUUCCCAUUACAGCGAAGGUUGAUGUUUAUAGCUAUGGGAUUGUGCUUCUAGAGAUUGUGAAGGGGAGUCGGUUUUUGAAUUGGAUGACAGAUGUAGAAGAAGAGGUGGGACUGAAGAGCUAUGCCAGGAUGGCGAAGGAGAAGAUGGAGAGUGGAGAAGAAUCAUGGGUUGGGGAUUUGGUGGAUUCAAGAUUGGAUGGGAAGUUCGAUUGGAAGCAAGCGGUGGUGAUGGUGGAGAUGGGCCUUUUGUGUGUGGAGGAAGAGCGAAGCAAAAGGCCAACCAUGGAUAUGAUUGUCCAUGCUCUCCUUGCAUGUGAAGAUGAGGAGGGGAGCGCUGAUGUCUCGUUGCUGCAGACUAAGGAAAAUUUCUAUUCUGCAAGAAUUGAAUUUGAUUCUUAUGUUUCUGUGUAAUCCAAACUUCUCUUCUCUGAGAAUCCUUCUGUUCCUAAAUUUCGUAAACAAAUACUUCUAUACAGGUAAUCAGCAUUUCUUCAAGCCUUCUAUAGAAGGUAGUCAGUUUUACUUGAAUUAAUGUAUGCCACUAGCACAAUUUCUGAAUGCUUGUAUAUCAAGCAUCAUGCUCUCUCUCUCUGCUUUUUCUUUUUUUUUUUUGAAAAAGGUGGAAGUACACCACAUGUAAUUUUAUUGCCAGGGAAAAAUCAACACCAUCAAAGGGGAGGGUGAGGCCUAGCCCAUUGCACGGGAUUUAUGCUAAGAAAAAAACAGAGACUUGUCAAUGAAGCCCUAAAAACCAAAUUCCUUUCCAUGCAUAUAAACAUCACAAAACAAGCCUAGAAAGGAUAGUUAUCUGUAGAACAUCAAAACACAGCUGGAGACAAUGUAGCCCGGAAAAGAAUUCGCACUCAGCUCUAUAACCUGCAUCCUCCGACAGUAGCAAGAACCUUGCUAUCUUGAUGAGAUACCAGCUACAUCAUAAUGCAAUCAGCUCGUAGCAGAUCGCCAAAACCACUGUAUUGUUGAACAACCAAUUUGGAAGAGCAAGGAGACAAUUGUAGCAGCAUACAGACACCCCCUUCGCUAACAACCCAUACCACUCUGAAUCAGACCGAGUGACUCUGAUUCAGAAACAGAACAGCUGGGAGAUGAGGCCAUGGAUUGCCCUUACCGAUGGUAACCCAGAGAAGGAAUUUGAGCAGGUGGCGCUUUCUGGACGCCCAAACAUGCCCUUCAAUAGGACACACAACUGAAACCCAACUGCAGGAGGGACUGACACUGAUAAGAGCUUGCGAGCCCCAACCCAUGGGCUCUGAUAGCAAAUGCAAUCCGAUGAUGAGAGAGUGAUAGUAUGAAAUUCAGACGAUCUGCCACAAGGGGCAACUGUGGUUGUCCAUGACGGAAGCUGCACCUUGGGCUUCUCAUCAUCAUCCCACACCACCCAGCUGUUGUAGCAACUGAUGUAGGGUGGGUCGCAGACACAUUCUUGGCAAAGAUGGACGAGAGAAGGCCUAAUUGGAGGCAGGAAAUUAUCUGGACCGUCAGAACUUUAAAUUAGUUGUAUCUCACAAACUGGGAUGAGUUUUUCGACAUAUUAUAUGAUUUUGGGGUAAGACCUACUUAAGCCAA